GUGACAGAGARUCGCAUGGUAAAAUGACAUUUACACCAUAAUUGAUGUACACRUUCCCUCAAUACUUGCACUGACGGUGACUUAAAGAUUCAGGCYYAUAGUGAUUUAACGAUGGUURAUUUGGUGGUUUGAAAGGACGUUAAAAUAGAAGCAAAAGAUGCUUGGAUAAUAUGUUGCUGCAUCGCAUCGGGCUGAGAAGAUUUGGGGUAGAACUAAACCGGUUUAACCGGCUUUUGACCAAUGGGAAGSCAAUACAUAAGACCCACAUGGUCUUUUCGAGAUUGUCCAACAUGGCGGACGCCGGUAGUGAAGAGAAGCUGAGUAAGAAUGAAUUAAAAAGGCGAUUAAAGGCAGAAAAAAAGGCCAAAGAAAAGGAGGAAAAACUAGCAGCGCAAAAGGCACAAAAUCCUGGACCAGCAAAGCCAAAGAAUGAAGAAUUGGAUGAAGAAUCAUUGGACCCCAAUCAAUACUUCAAGAUUCGCAGUCAGGCAAUUGAGGCUCUCAAAGGCUCAUCCGAACCUCCAUAUCCACACAAGUUCCAUAUUUCAACAUCGCUGACAGAAUUCAUUGAAAAAUAUAACAAUAUUGAAACUGGAGAAUGGCUGGAUGAAACAGUAACUGUUGCUGGACGAAUUCAUGCAAAGCGUGCAUCGGGAAACAAACUAAUAUUUUACGACCUUAGGGGGGAGGGAACAAAGAUCCAAGUCAUGGCAGAUGCAAGAUCUGCAAAGCAAGAUUUUGAUGCUAUUCAUGGAAAAAUUCGUAGAGGGGACAUCAUUGGCAUUGAAGGAAAGCCAGGAAAAUCAAAGAAAGGAGAACUAAGUAUUAUGCCAUUCAAUGUGACACUUCUUGCACCAUGUCUACAUAUGUUACCACAUCUACACUUUGGCCUCAAGGACAAGGAAACAAGAUUCAGACAACGAUAUUUAGAUCUAAUUCUCAAUGAGAGAGUAAGGGAUAAAUUUGUCACAAGAGCAAGAAUUAUAAAUUAUGUGAGGAARUUCCUAGAUGGACUUGGAUUUUUAGAGAUUGAAACCCCAUUAAUGAACAUGAUCCCUGGAGGAGCAACAGCCAAACCUUUUAUCACACAUCACAAUGACCUAGGCAUGGACCUGUACAUGAGAGUUGCACCUGAACUUUACCACAAGAUGCUUGUAGUUGGAGGAAUUGAUAGAGUUUAUGAAAUAGGAAGACAGUUUAGAAAUGAAGGUAAGUUACUAUCAAUCUUGCUGAUUAAUAUUGUUAAGUGAAUAAGAUAGUACUGUAAUAGUAAUGUUGCUCCACCUCA